AUUCGGAGCUGGGCCCGGGCCAGAGGUUCCCGGGAUGGACCCCGAGAGGCCGGGCUCUGCGCCCCUGCCCUGCACCCUGCAGCCAUCGAGCGAGCCAGCUGGCUCCAUCUCCCCACAGCCACCUCUGGAUCUCUCCGGGUUUCCUUUGGCCGAGCCCUGGGACAUCCUCUCGGCGGAUGCCCCCGCUGACGCAGCCCCCGAUUUCGUUCACCCCCUGGUGACGGCUGCUCACCUGGAUCCUGGUGCGCCGUGGUUGAUGUCAAGGAUAAAUCCAGCUGGAUCUACCCCCACUCCACCACCUCUGGAUCCCGCUGGUUUUCCUUCGCCCGAGCUCUGGACCGGGCCCCACAUGGACGCCCGUCCUGACGCAGCUUCUGAUCCCUCUCUGCUCCCCGUGGCUGCUGCCUGCCUGGAUCCCACAGAUGUACCCCCAACAUCAAUGACAAAUCCAGCUGGAUCUACCCCCACUCCACCACCUCUGGAUUCUGCUGGUUUUCCUUCGCCCGAGCUCUGGACCGGGCCCCACAUGGUCACCCCUCCUGAUGCAGCCAUCGAUCCAGCUCUGCCCCCCGCGGCUGCUGCCUGCUUGGAUCUCACAGACGUACCCCCUACAUCAAAGACAAAUCCAG